AUGCAUUCCCCACUUGCCCCGUGUAUUGUUGGCCUAUCCUGCCGUCUUCCAGGGGAUAUCACGGAUUUUCAGUCUGCUUGGAAUCUAUUUGCAGAUGGGAAAAAAAGUGCAAACUCCUCCAAAGCUCCAGACACCCGAUUGGAAUCUUUCCAGACUGCACCAUCAAUGCGUGGAGGGUGGAUCGGCAAGGAGGGUGUCGAAUUUUUUGAUGCAGAUUUUUUCAACAUUCCUUCAAGGGAGGCGCCAAACUUGAGGCCCAAUAUUCGCUUGGGACUGGAAUUAACACAUGAAGCAUUGGAAAAUGCUGGAAUUGCACCAUCCACUCUUCGCGGUGAAAGUAUUGCAGUCUGCAUUGGGAUGGGGACUGAAGAUGGGUGGGAUAUCAAACAGUGGGGCAAUCAUGCAUCCACUGCCUUCAACUCACAAUGGGCAGCCAACAGCGACCCCAGUGGUGUAUCUGGCCAUAUAUCCCGCUUCUUUGAUUUCCACGGGCCAUGUAGCAAUGUAUCUUCUGCAUGUUCAAGUGGAGCAUUUGCAUUAAGAGAUGGGAUCCAUGCGAUAACUGCUGAAGGAGCAGAAGCAGCUGUUGUUGGUGCUAUUACCACUCAUUUCACUCCUGCCCCAUUCGCAUGGGCCGCAGAUACUGGUGUUCUAUCUCCAACUGGAAAGUCAGCAGCAUUUUCUGCCGAAUCAGAUGGAUACUCUCCUUCUGAAGGGGCAGUUUUCUUUAUUGUCAAAACUCUGCAAACUGCUCUACGAGACAAUAAUGUGAUAUAUGCUGUCAUAAACUCUCUGGUUACUGGACAUAAUGGACACACCAGAACAUUGAUCACACCCAAUGCAGCAGCUCAGAUAAAAGUUCUGCAACAGGCCCUGCAUCUGGCAGGAUGUACGGCUGAUGAUAUAACAUUCAUUGAAGCCCAUGGAACGGGAACACCAAUUGGUGAUGCCAUUGAGGUGGAAGCCCUUCAUGAAGUUUAUAGUCAAAGGAAAAAGCCUGUCUUUUUAUCUUCAUCCAAGACUGUUCUUGGCCACUGCCAUGCAGCAGCAGCAUUUGCGGGUGUUCUCAAAGUUUUAAGCUGUUUUGAGAAUAAAUAUAUUCCACCUCAUCACUACAGAGCGAGGCCCAAUGUUCUAGCAGGUGACAUCAUUAUCCCUCAGACUUUGAAACCAAUUCAUAGUUCAAGAAUAAUGGCACAAGUCAAUACUUUCGGAUUUACAGGUUCAAUUGCAACAAUGAUUAUUGAGAACUUCACUCCACAAUGCCCUGCUCAGCUAAAAAGGAAUCAUCCACGCUAUCUUCUUCCUUUUUCUGCUAAAACUUCAGCUGCGCUACAAAGCAGAAUCUCUCAAACUAUGUCCUGGGCACUGGCCACAGGGUGUAGUUUAUAUGACUUGGCAGCUAUCCUAAGCCUAUGCCGUGACCAUCACCAAUCAUAUCGUCAAUCAUAUCUGGUCCAAAGUCAGAAUGAUCUCGAGGUGUUAAAGGAGCAAUCAUUGACAUCCCCUCCAAUGGUAUCUGCAGCAUUUACUUUAUCGGAGCACUCUGCAUCAGCACUGCUGAAUGUCGAAAACAUUGCUGAACCUGGACUGAAAUCUUAUCUAUCUCUCCCAUCGACAUGCCAGAAAUAUGAAUGCGGAAAUAUCUUAGAUAUUGCUGCACAUUUAUACAACAAAGGCCAUGUUUUACAAUUCAAUGUCAUUUACAACAAAAAUGAUAUUGAUACUGCCCUACUCAAAACAUUUCCUUUGUACCCAUUUACCCGCCAGCUUUGUUGGCCCUCCAACCACAUGAUAUCCGCACAGGGUCCUGCGACAUCUUUACUAGCUGUUGAAGACAGGCAAACAAAACUCAGCCAGGUUCAAUUUGAGGCCCUUCUGGAGAGUUAUACAAGGCCCUUGGCUGAUUUUGAGCCAAAGGUUGAAAAAUGCCAUUCACCACCCAGAAGAUUCCUCGUGACUGGUGCAAAUGGUAUGAUUGGCUCGCGGCUGCUAGAGAAACUAUUAGAGUCCCAAACAUGCAUAGUUUAUUGCAUCAUACGCGGGGAGGCUUGGAUUCGGUUAAAAGCUGCAUUUGUUAAAUUCAAACUCAACACCCAGAUUUUAACUGAUUCAUACAACUCACAGUCACUCCAUGUGAUGUCAACAUCAGACCUUUGUGGAGUUCAUUUUGGCCUAUCUGGAGCAGAAUACAACAUCCUAUUGGAUAAUGUGGAUAAUAUUGUUCAUGCCGCUUGGCUGGUUAACUUCAAUGCUGCUUUGGACGAAUUCUUUCCAUUCAUAGAUUGUACUAGAAAUAUUGUGCGGUUUUGCCUCUCAUCCAGAAACAUGGUUCGAAUUCACUUCAUUGGUUCAUAUGCCAGUACAUUUAAUUAUCCAGCCAACUUUGUCCCAGAGCAAGCCCUGGAACCAAACUUGUCCUAUUCUUUGAUGCAGGGUUAUGCAAUAUCAAAGUUUUUGGCAGAACAUAUGUUGAUUGCACUACAAAAAUUGUAUCCCGUUUUCGCAUUGUGUGUAAUUCGUGUUGGCCAGAUUUGCGGUGAUACUGCAACAGGGUAUUGGCCCCGACAUGAAAUGAUGCCCAUGAUUAUUUCGUCAGCCCAAAGAUUGCGUGCUGUUCCUCGUGACCUCCCUGAUGUCACAUGGGUUCCUUCAGAUAUAUGUAGCCAUGCUUUAUGGGAAGCAGUGACUAGCAUUGACCUUCCACAUUUCCACGUUCUGCAUAUUGCAAACCCCCAUCCCAUUCCCUGGGCAACUCUUGCAUUGGACAUUUUCAAAAUUCUUGCAGUAAAUGAUUUUGCUCUUCUGCCUUGGAAAGAGUAUGUCAAGUCCAUACAAAACCAAGAUGCUUCAACCCCAGUCUCGGCACUACUGCCAUAUUUCAUAAAUGCUUUGCAGGCUGGAGGCAUGCCCACCCACUAUUCAUCUCUGGCUGUUACAAAGACUAUGCAUAGUCUUCCAUCCAUUGGUUCUUCUCAACCACCCAACAUUUCAUUCCUAAAUUUACUGGUGAAAGAGUUGGUUGGUCAGGAUGAUCAAAAGGUGUCUGAACCUGCACUGUUAGGCAGACCUGUGGUUUUCCUCUUUGGUCCAUGGUCUGCAAAAUCUGGGGGGCUACAUUCAACAAUCACCCAAGAACAAAUUGAAGGACGUCUAACAGGUAUGGCAAAAUUCGUUUCUUCCAAUAUUAAUGUGGAAGUACUUAAUGAAGGGUCACCUUUGAAGCAUCAACUCAGGGCACUAUCUAUCCAGCUGGCUGGUGUAGAGCACUUGAGUUCUCAGAAUGUCCAUCCUUCUGCAGUGAUAGGAUACUGUUUCGGAGAAUAUGCGGCAGCAAUUGCAGCUGGAAUUUUAUCCGAGUCAAUGGUUGUGGAAAUCCUGGUGCAUCGAGCAUCAGUUGUGCAGCAUAUCAAUGGCGCAAUGCUUACUGUGUUCGCAGAUAUUGCACUGGUGAGGAAGAAUUUGAGUAGAAUGAAGUCUGCUCCAGCUAUUGCUAUUCAAGCUGGGCCUCGACUUAUAAUCCUUUCAGGAAGUGCUGAUGGUAUUGAUGCUGCCAGAGACUUGUUCCACCACCAGAACAUCAAAACCCUCCUCAUUGAGAGAGUAAUACCAUUCCACUCAGAGCUGAUAGAAUCAUCUCUGUCUACUCUGAAACUCCCUAAAGUUACUCCCAAGCUCAGCUCAAAAAUUGCUUAUAUCUCUGGAAUGUUGGGAAGUAUAAUCCCUGGCCAGCUCUUGACAGAAAGCUAUUGGCACCGCCACAUGCGUAGCUUCAUUAAUUUUCAUGAGGCUAUGAAUUUGGCACAUGACAAGUACAAGGGUCAUACUUUUCUUGAUUUUGGUCCGGGGAAAACUUUGUCAAAAAUCAUUGGAAGGUAUGAUUGGAGUGACUUUCCACUACACCCUGUCACACAACUGCCCUCUUUGAUUCACCCAACAAUAGUUGCCCAAAAACACCUGCAGGUACUUGCACCAGAGUCCUUUGAGCCAUCACCAACUUUAGUAGAUGUUAUGCUGGAGCUCUUGCAUACCAUACAUGGCCACCAGAAGGCUGAUAACCUUCUCCACCAUUCCUUUUAUUCACUUGGUCUUCAAUCCUUGGAUUAUACCAAGCUUUCAGACCAAUUCUACAUGAGAACUGGGGUCCAGCUUCCACUUAGCGCUUUCAUCUCAGAUGUAUCCAUUGAUGAAAUUCUCAAUGUCACAUUGAAGCAAAAUCAAGUGGUCAGGCCAUGA